AUGUCUGAAGACUCCGUCAAAGCUCCAGCACCUAGCAUGGCAGACGAAAAAGGCCUUUCACAUACACAUACUCGGACAGACAAUGGCGUGGGAGAGAUCCAUGAUCUUACUCAACUCGGUUACAAACCUGAGUUGACGAGGAAUAGAUCCAUGCUCACCUUGUUGUUCCAAUCUCUCGCCAUAGCUGCUAUCCGUACGUAG